AAUUAUUACUUAUGCAAUGAUCUUGUCCUCGGCUAUAUAUGCUCUCCCUCGAUACGGACUAAAAAUAAGUAUUUGCAUAGUAAUAUUCAAAACCAUGCUCUCUUCCUUUGGAAUAGUAAACAAAGUUUGUUUGGUAAAUUACUAUUUCUUCUUAGUAUUAAUAAAGCUUCCCCAAUCUCUCCCCCCACGAAAACAAAAAGGCUGCCAGCUCCAACCUCGAAAUAACUAACCAUCAUGUUGCCGUUUUUCAGUUAUUAUUAUGAAAACUUUGUGUUCCUCUCCUUGUUCGCCCUCCUCCUUUUUGUCCCGUGUCUUCCCGCCAGAAAGCUUCUUGACCCUUCAACUGAAUUAACUGCCGAUGUCCGGACCAACAGCAACGCCACGUGGCACAGCUUCAUGAGAUUCCUGGACGCCGAGAAGGGCAGCCAACUCAGGGGCAUGUCGGAGCUCAAGAAGUACUUCCAACGUUUCGGCUACCUAUCAAUCCCAAACCAAAACCUCACGGAUUCUUUCGACGAAGACUUGGAAUCGGCCGUGCUCCAGUAUCAGAAAAACCUUGGAUUACCCGCGACUGGAAGGCUCGACUCUGAUACCAUGAAAGUAAUUACGUCGCCGAGGUGUGGCGUUAGCGACAAAAAAACUCGCACGGCCCAGAAGUUGCAUGCGAAAAUUCACUAUGCAUAUUUUGACGGUGAGCCCAGGUGGGAUAGAUCAUCUCCCAUGAUUUUGACAUAUGCUUUCUCGCCGGAUCAUACCAUAGACUAUAUAAGUUCGGCUGAUAUAAGAGCUGUUUUUGAACGCUCUUUCGCCCGGUGGUCGUCGGUGAUUCCGGUGAACUUCACAGAGGCGGACGACUAUUAUUCAGCAGACAUAAAAAUCGGGUGGUACCGGGGGGAUCACGGGGACGGACAGCCGUUUGACGGGGUGUUGGGAGUGCUAGCACACGCUUUCUCGCCCGAAAAUGGGAGGCUCCACCUGGACGGUGCUGAAGCGUGGGCCGUUGAUUUCAAAGAACAGAAGUCAAAGGUCGCGGUUGAUUUGGAAUCAGUGGCGACCCAUGAGAUCGGGCACAUACUUGGGUUGGCUCACUCGGCGGUUAAGGACGCAGUCAUGUACCCAAGUUUGAGUCCUAGGACUAAGAAAGUGGACCUAAGAAUUGAUGACGUGGAAGGGAUCCAGGCCUUAUACGGGUCAAACCCAAAUUUCAAGUACAGUUCUUUAUAUGAAUCGGAUAUUUCCUCAAGUCGGAGCAUUUACAUGGAAAGAAGAGGAUUUUCCAAGUGGACCACCGUAUUUUUGGUCAUGGUGGUUUUCAUUUUUUCUUUGUGAUUAUGAUUGCAUAGGUUUUUCCUUUUUGGCUUUUUUUGCC